CUGUACAGCGCCUCAGCUCCUGCAUACAUACAGAAUGCUUCUGUGAUUCACCAAGCACAAAUCCGUGGACACAGGCAGUGAAGUGACAGAGCACGUACUUUAUGGCCGAGGACUCCACCUGUACCUCUGAAGUCAGAGUUCAAAGGCCUGCCUGCAGGAGUGUCUUUGGAGGCAGUUUGAUGUUCUCGCCUGAUCUAGUUGCAACAAAUGCAGCUGUUUUGUGCAGACAGCAUCUUUUCAAUGCCCUUCUGAACCAGUACAAACGCAUGACAUUUUCCUAGGAGGGCAUGCUGCAGAGUCCCAGGCAGCUUUCUCACUGCGCUGAAUUAGAGGAUGCAGAUCCCAGAACAUCACCACGCAAAAUGCAAAGUAUGUGCAGCCUGCUGGCCCUGCCUGUUGGCAUUUUAUUGACAUACUGCUUUGGUACACACAUGGCUGCAGAAAACAGAAAGUGGUAGAGAAACCUCAGGAGCUGCACAGAGUGUGGCAGGAGCAGUUCUUAGGCAACAGGCUGCAGUGUGUCACACUGUGGAAGCUAUGAAGAAGGACCAGGUAUACUGGUUGUGUAUGGGCAUAGUUUGGUGGCAUUCAUUCUGCUUUAAAAAUGAGUGCCAGGCUGGCUGUGGGAAGUUGACUGUAGUUGGGUCUAGGGCUGGCUCAGAACCCCUCUGUGGGCCAAAUUCACUGAAGUGUGAUGUGCAGCAUUGGCCACAGGAGGUGUGAACGUGCACUAAUAGGACCAGCUGCAGGAGUCCCAAUGCUAAUACAGGACAGUAGAUCCCACAAAAGGAACAGGCAGCCAAUAUACUGAACUCGAAGCGGUGUUUGUUGUCUGUUUAUACUGUGUUUAUACUCCUUUGAGGAAAGAACUUUCUUAUAUGGUUGCUGUUGGAUGUGAGCAGCGUGCUCCAUCAUGCUUGAAGUCUCCAGCUCAGUGCUACUUCUAGCACAGCGGUUGUGGAAGGCUGAAAUCGGGGACUGCGUGUAUCCUUCUCCGUGUCACAUUAUUGCCAUAUUUUGUACUAUCGCAUCUCACUUAGAACUCUUUGCAGGGGGAACAGACAGAGGAAUGGAACCUGUCAUCCCCAGAGCUCACACGAGGAUUUUUCUGCCUUCCAAAAUCGCACACAGAGUGCUGGCGCUGCAGGCCCGGAAGAAGCGGACCAAAGCUAAGAAGGAUAAGGCCCAGAGAAAAGCCGACCCUCAGCACCGUGGCCCUGCUGCUCACUCUGAGAACGAUCUUCCAGAGCAAGAAGAAGAAAUCUUGGGGUCAGAUGAUGAUGAACAAGAGGAUCCAAAUGAUUAUUGUAAAGGUGGCUAUCACCUUGUGAAAAUUGGAGAUCUCUUUAAUGGACGCUACCAUGUGAUUCGGAAGCUCGGAUGGGGCCACUUCUCCACUGUCUGGCUGGCAUGGGACAUCCAAGGGAAGAGAUUUGUGGCAAUGAAAGUGGUAAAGAGUGCGGAGCACUACACAGAAACAGCACUGGAUGAAAUCAAGUUGCUAAAAUCGGUUCGCAACAGUGAUCCAAAUGAUCCAAAUAAAGAGAGAGUUGUUCAGCUAUUAGAUGACUUCAAGAUUUCAGGAGUUAAUGGUUCUCAUAUCUGUAUGGUGUUUGAAGUUUUAGGGCAUCAUCUCCUGAAGUGGAUCAUCAAGUCAAAUUAUCAGGGGCUCCCGCUCCCUUGUGUCAAAAAGAUCAUCAAACAGGUUCUACAAGGCCUGGAUUACUUGCACACGAAGUGUAGGAUCAUCCAUACAGAUAUUAAACCUGAAAACAUUCUUCUGUGUGUUAAUGACCAGUACAUCCGCAGACUGGCUGCAGAAGCAACAGAAUGGCAGAGAUCUGGGGCCCCCCCACCAUCUGGCUCUGCAGUGAGUACUGCACCACAGCCAAAACCAGCUGACAAAAUGUCAAAGAAUAAGAAAAAGAAGUUGAAAAAGAAGCAGAAGCGUCAGGCGGAGUUAUUAGAGAAGCGAAUGCAAGAGAUAGAGGAAAUGGAGAAGGAAGCAAGCCCAGGGCAGGCAAAUCCUGAGGAGGAUGAAGAAGCUCAGAGCCCUCUGAAAGUACUCCUGAAAGUUAGUUCACCCUGUGAAGAUGUGGACAAAAAGAAAGCUGAAGUCAUCGUACAUGAACAGUCUGUUCUAAUGGAAAGCAGCAUAGAAAAAUGUGUAACAGAAAUAAAUUGCAACGGUGUGAUACGAAUGUCGGACUUCCCAGACUCUGGCAGUCAAGGGUCUGUGCGACUUGAGGAUGACCUUCACAACGCCAAUGACUGCGGCGACCACCCUCACACGCAGGAGAGCUUCCGCAGCUGUCAUUACAGCCAGCGUAACGGUGGCGUGGAGAACGGGCCUCGCGCUGCGGCGUCGGACUCUUUCGUGCCCUUAGUUUCAGAAGAUUCCAUGGUGUGUCAGCCUACUUCCAGCGAAGAGCAAUCAUUCAACGAGCAGGAGAUCAGCCAUUUGCAAGAAAGCAUCCGGACAGAGAUGCCAUCAGAGGACGAGAAUGAGAAUAAUAGCCCAGCAGACAACAAAGGAAAAUCAACUGCUGGGAAUUUCCUUCUUAAUCCUCUUGAGCCCAAGAAUGCAGAUAAGCUUAAGGUGAAGAUAGCUGACCUAGGAAAUGCCUGCUGGGUGCACAAGCACUUCACUGAAGACAUCCAGACAAGACAGUACCGAUCCUUGGAGGUGUUGAUAGGGUCGGGGUACAGCACCCCUGCUGACAUCUGGAGCACGGCUUGUAUGGCCUUUGAACUAGCAACAGGAGACUAUCUGUUUGAGCCUCAUUCUGGAGAAGACUACUCACGAGAUGAAGAUCACAUUGCUUUGAUCAUAGAACUUCUGGGGAAAAUACCUCGCAAGCUCAUUUUGGCAGGAAAGUAUUCCAAGGAGUUUUUCACCAAAAAAGGUGAUCUGAAGCACAUCACUAAACUGAAGCCCUGGGGCCUUUUCGAAGUCUUGGUGGAAAAAUACGAAUGGUCCCAGGAUGAGGCAGCUGCAUUCACAGACUUCUUACUACCGAUGUUGGAGCUGAUCCCAGAGAAGCGAGCCACAGCAGCAGAAUGUCUCAGGCACCCCUGGCUUCUCUCUUAGGGGCUUCAACCCAGCGCCACUGUGCUGCACUCUGGUUUACAGCAUAGGAUACACACACCCAGCUGCCCCUUCCCAGAUCUGUUUUUUUUUUCCUUGUUCAGUUUGAGCGUGAAGUUCUUCCUUCAAGGCUUCCAAGAUUUUAGAUAAAUCUUAACCCAUUGUCCUGAGUUUGCUGGUGUGACUCAGUGGGGACUCUUAUCCAGUGCGUGUCAUCUUUGUUUUGCCUUGAUUGGGCUUCACCAAAGACUAAUUGACUAAAACAUCAACUUUUCCCUGAGUCUUCUUGUAUGGUAUGCACUGUGUUAUGGAUGUAUGCUCAGAUAUGCGCCCUUACCUAAAUCUUAACUCUCCUUUCAUCAUAAGGAGGAUGUGAAGAUCUGAACUCAUCUCACUGACUCAGGAGUCAGUUUCCCACUGUUGGGGUAGGAAGUAACAGAUGGCACCAUGGUGGUGUUAGUUCCUUGUAGAGCAAAGACCUCAAAAUCCUCCAUCGUUUUCUAGGUGUCUGCUGUAUUCAUUGCUUUCAGUCACAUAAUUCUUUAGUUCUAGCUGCUUAAAUUUCUUGAGAUGAGCUAUUUAAAUCUAGAUUUUUAGUAUCAUUUGCUUCUUCCUCUGAAGUGCCCUCUCCCUUUACUUGUCCCUCCUGUCUUCAUAGGCAGAAUAGUUUCUGAAUUCAGUGACGCUUUCUACUUGCUCUCUAACACCUCAGCCUGUGACUAAAAGGUGACAAGCAAAAAAAGCAAAAGCUGGAACGUAAUCAACGCACAACCUUCAGCAUGCAGAUAGGUGCGCCUUUGGGCUGCAGAGAGGUGAUGCAGGUGACUUCUCAUGCUUUAGCGAGCUGUACUUUUUUUUUUUAUCCCUUCCUGGCACUUCUGUGCCUUGCUUGAGGUAGUUGCACCAGUGAAGUGGCCCUCACUAAUGCAGUCUGCUCCGGCCCUUUUGACCAUUCACAUUUUUUCCCAGAAAGAGUGGGCAGCAUCUGUGUCACAGCCAUGCUAUCACCCUCGACUUCAAAACUCAACAUUUGAAAGCCUGAUACUCUUAUUUUUUUAAAUUUCUUUCAGGUGAUGGCCUUUAGGAAUAACUUCCCAGAUUGGGAUUGCCUUUUCUUUUCUGGGCCAUUAGCACUAGGAGGGCUGGAAGAGAGCUGAUGGACUUUCCUCUGUAGAUACUGGUUUAGUUGCUUGUAGAGUUACCCCAAAUCAUAAUGCUCUGUGAGAUUUCUGCAUUAACUUCUCAGAGGGGGUUGGAUGUGAUAAGUAAAUGAAUUAAUUUUAAUUAAAUCUAAAUCACUGUGGCGUAUAAUAGUUUUACGAUGACUUCUUUAAGGCUUCCCAUCCUGUUGCAGAGUCAGUGCAUCCAACUCUGAAGUAAGAGCUGGCAGUGUUGAGGCUUCAGAGACACGUCUUCUCCCUGGACCAAAUGGGGCUAUGGAUUCGUGGUUGCUCUCAGAGCACUGAAGUUCCUCUAGGAACUCACUGGAGGCCACGCAGAUCUGAGACUGUUGCGUUGCCGAAGCUGCCAAGAAGGCUGUUUCUGUCACUUUGUGUGUUGAAAAUCCUGGUUCAUUAUAGUUGUUCAUUCAUAAACCUCUGUCAUUUAAUCCACUUAAAGAGUUGCUCCAGUCUAGUGCCUGACUGGGCUAAUUAACACAGAUCAUGCUGCAUGUUCUUUUAGGGGUAGGUCGGAUUGUCUAUGCAUAUAAUCUAAAAUUAAUGAAGGUAACGCACCAAAUUGGUUUAAACUGCUGAUUUGACCUCUCUUUCCCUUCUGUUCGGAGCUUUUCCAGCUGCGUAUCACUUCCAUGUCUGUUACAGAAGGACCGCAGUCAAGACUGGAUUCCAAAACACCCACCACCUACAGACUGUGAAGAUAUAUUGGCAGGGCGAAUGAUUUCUCUUGUCUUGACAGCUCAUCCCACCCUGUUGUGCUUCAGCCCGGCUGGUGCAGGAACUUUUCCUGGAAGAGCUUUGCACAUCAAGAGCUCCUUCCCUUCCUGCCGCAGUUCCCCCUCCCACACCUGCAGGAGGACAAUUUUUUACCUUGGUUGCUGAGGAUGGAGCCAAAGUGUGAGUUGGAGACUGCAGCAGCAGCUGUCGGGGUUCAGCGUUGUUCCACGUGCUCAUUCACUUGGGUUUGUGAAGUCCCCAAAUUGCCGUAAAGUGCUCACAAAGGAUUUGUACUUGCUGUGUCAGUCUAAAACCUGAAGGAAAAUACAUUUUUAUUCUUUCUACUUGGGUGCUUCGUCGUCUUUCUUUGUGAAAGCUCUACAAUAAACAGACUAUUUAAUUACUCA